AUGUCAGUCCAACUGAAUUCCCAUACACGUUCUCAGCUAGAGUCACUAUUACGUGAUGCCUUUAAGGGGAAGGGAUUUCAGAAACUAAAUGAAUUGGUACAAGAAAAGGAUAUUUGUCCUCCUCAGAAGUAUAGCAAGUCACUGUUAAACCAACUGGACAAAACUCUAAAAAAGGAACUAGACAAAAAUGAAUUUUCAAACGUUUCCCUAUUGUUGAAAUGUAUUCAGCUGUACUGUAGAAGUGAUCCCCAAGAAGGUCUUGAUCUGUUUCUCCAGGAAGGAUUGAUACCAAAGAUGGUCACUUGGUUUGAGAGGACAAGAGAAUUUUUGAGCCUGAUAGACCCAAAUGAAAGUAAAUUCUUGGCCAAUCUUAUUGAAGACUUCUUUGAUACAGCCUUGAUUAUCAGCAAAAGCAACAGUGAAGGGAGAAGGCAAUUGCUCGAGUCCUUCAUUCCCUAUUUGGGACAUCUGGCUACUGAAUCAGAUGUGACCUGCGCAAUUCAGCAAGAGACUCUGAGGACCUUAAACACUCUGUUGGAUAAUGCUGGACGAGAGGAAAGAAAGAAGUUUGUUGUGUCCGAAGAGAUGGGUCUGCUGACGAAAGAACUUGCAAAAACAAUUCUCGAUGUUGGUGACUAUGACAUCCAGGUUGCUGUUGUGGAAGCCCUAUUCAGACUGACGUUGAAAAAGUGGAGAGAUGAACUUGUGCACAAUUGGUUUGAGGAUCAACAUAUUGCCAAGGCUUUUACAGAAAUCAAAGAUAGAGAUUUUGAGACGGACAGCAGGAAAUUUCUUAAUGAAGUGAAUGAAACACUUGGGGAUAAACGAAGGUAA